GGCGGAACCCCGGCCCUCUCAACCGAACGUCACCACGUACGUACGGAGGCGGUGAGGGUGUGGACGUCCCCACAGCACUCAAUCUGUUGAAGACAACAUAACGUUGCUAAUAACUUCUAACUGAAUUGCUCCCCAACAGGCGUUUGUACCCGGGUUGGUGGAGUGCUUCUCAGUUUCUUCAAAGGCGUCCCUCAUUGAUAUUAUCCCAGAUGAGGGACUGAUGCUGGCCAGGAUCCUGCUGAACCCCUUGGGUAGCCUCUCUCAUCUGUCCCACUUCAGUUCUGCAUCUACUCUGACGGGUGUAGCUUAAGGGAAGGAGGAUUCACUUGUCAAAAUGGAUGAUAUCUUCACGCAGUGCCGGGAAGGAAAUGCAGUGGCAGUUCGCUUAUGGCUGGACAAUACAGAGAAUGACCUCAAUCAAGGGGAUGACCACGGCUUCAGCCCCCUGCACUGGGCGUGCAGGGAGGGCCGCUCCAGCGUGGUGGACAUGCUCAUCAUGAGAGGGGCCCGUAUUAACGUCAUGAAUCGAGGCGACGACACGCCUCUGCACCUGGCCUCCAGCCAUGGACAUCGCGACAUUGUGGCAAAGUUGAUCCAAUGCAAAGCAGACACCAAUGCAGCGAACGAACACGGCAACGCACCACUGCAUUACGCCUGCUUCUGGGGCCAGGACCUUGUGGCGGAGGACCUUGUGACCAAUGGGGCUCAGGUGAGCAUCUGUAACAAAUAUGGGGAAACUCCCCUGGACAAAGCCAAGCCUCACCUGCGUGAGCUCCUAAAAGAACAAGCUGAGAAAAUGGGACAGACCUUGGCUAAAAUCCCCUUCAAGGAUACGUUCUGGAAAGGCACCACCAGAACCCGACCCCGCAACGGCACUUUGAACAAACACGCAGGCAUUGAUUACAAACAGCUCUCUCUACAGGCUAGAUUAAACGAGAACCAGUCUGGAGAGCUGUGGCAAGGGCGCUGGCAGGGGAAUGAGGUGGUGGUUAAACUGCUAAAGGUUCGUGACUGGUCCACAAGGAAAAGCAGAGAUUUCAAUGAGGAACAUCCAAAACUCAGAAUAUUCUCCCACCCAAAUGUCCUACCUAUGUUGGGAGCAUGUCAGUCUCCUCCCGCCCCUCACCCCAUCAUCAUCACACACUGGAUGCCUUAUGGCUCCCUCUACAACGUGCUGCAUGAAGGCACCAACUUUGUGGUGGACCAGACACAGGCGGUGAAGUUUGCGCUGGACAUUGCUUGUGGAAUGGCCUUCCUACACACGCUAGAGCCCAUGAUCCCUCGCCACUAUCUCAACAGCAAGAGUGUUAUGAUAGAUGAAGACAUGACAGCCAGGAUCAGCAUGGCAGAUGUUAAGUUCUCCUUUCAGUGUCCUGGCAGGAUGUACUCGCCUGCAUGGGUUGCCCCCGAGGCGCUGCAGAAGAAGCCAGAAGAGAUCAACCGUCGGUCAGCAGACAUGUGGAGCUUUGCUAUCCUGCUGUGGGAAUUGGUGACAAGAGAAGUGCCGUAUGCCGACCUCUCAAACAUGGAAAUUGGCAUGAAGGUUGCCUUGGAGGGUUUAAGGCCCACCAUCCCCCCAGGCAUUUCGCCCCACAUUUGCAAGCUCAUGAAGAUAUGCAUGAACGAGGACCCAGCGAAGAGGCCUAAAUUCGACAUGAUUGUGCCAAUUCUGGAAAAAAUGCAGGACAAGUGAAAGACCUCCUCUGCCCUUUGGUUCUGACCGUUUACUUAUGGGGAACUUUUACCCCAAAUAUCAUUUUGAUAUGGUGGUGUGGUGCUUACCAGUAUUGCCUUAAACGCUACUCUACCGCUGCAUUCAAUGCCACUGUAGCUUCUGAGAUGAAUUCAGCGGCAGUCACACCUGUUAAGUGUUUAACAGUGUUGUCUUGUUUUUAUUAUUGUCUUCGUCUUUGUUGCUGAUGCUGUUCAUUGUGUAAACUGUAAUCAUGUGAACUGAGUACAAUCAUCUUCAAUCUUCUAGACUGAAUAACCUGUGGAGGUCAGCAUGACGGUGCAUCUGAGGCCUAAUAUUUCUUAACUGGAGUUGGCUGGCUAUUGAAAAAGUCACAAUGCAAGGAAACCGCUUCUCUGUAAAACUGAGUGUAACUUGACUAGCAUGAAAAAUCUCUCAAAUGAAGCAUUUAAACCACAUUUAAGAUUAAGACAAAAUGUAUACAAGUGGUGCCCUGGAGAGUACUUGGUAGUGUACCCUUUACAGCUCAAGUGUGUAGGGAUGUGUUGAGACUGAAAUUGACCAGCUGACAGUGGUGUUAAACUGGCCAUUGAAACUUUAUUUGCAGUGCAGCAACAAAUGUCAGUGUUGAUCAAUACGUCAGGAUUAUUUUCCAAAUAAUUUGAAAGAUAUCAGAUUUUCUCUUGUUCAUAAUGGGAUUAUUCCAAUAAACGACUGUAAUCUAGAUUACCGGUACAUUCAUUACCAUUUUGAAAACUCACUGUAUAAUUGUCGAUCAAAUUCUGUCCUUUAUAGUCUGCUCUUUAAGUCUGAAAGUGUGUGAUAAAAUCAUGUGUUUUUUAUGUUAAAUACAUUUUUCCCCUUCUAACACUGCAACCCAGAAUUUAAUUUCUUUGUGGUUAUCAUAGGUACAGUUAUUAUUUGUUGUUGUUGUUGAGCAUGAGCGCUGCCUUUCCUCCUGUUUGUAGGAAGCAGCUGUGAGCAGCUGCUUCCUACAGAGACAUUGAGGGGUUGAGUUAGCAUCCUAAAAACUCACUCGCUUCGAUUGUUGUCGUCCUCUGAAAAACCUAAAUGACUUUAUGUAUUUGCUGGCUUGUUUCUUCUACCUGCAUCUACUCCGUGCCUCCACCAGCUUGCUUGUUUGUGCCGAAUCACAGGUUAAAGCCAAAAUCAAGAAUCACUUCUACAAAUGUAUCUAUUUAUAUAUAAGUAUAUUAAAAAGGAAUCAUAUGGGCAACUUCAAUUUGUGAAUCUAUCGUUGAAAUUGUGUGUUUUUGGGGUUAC